AGGGCGUUGGAUGAGCAGCAAAAUCUGACGUAUUUGGGUCGCAUUCUGGCGAGGUUGCCCCUGGAUCCUCAUGUGGGUGUGGCGUUGCUCUUGGGCCACUGGCUCUUUGGCCUGGGGGACGUCAUGGCCACCAUCUGCGCGGCCAUGUCCUUCGACGAACCCUUUCAGUUUGCGGAGAGUGCCGGCUUUUUGCCAUGGAAGAUCCAGGAGAAGUACAAGGGCACCCACAAGAACUCGGACCAGUUUGUCUUGGGGCUGGUGCACCAGGAGUAUGCCAGAAUCAUGGACACAGGUGGAGAAGCCGCAGCCAAGCGAUUUUGUGUGCAAGAGGGGCUUCACCCUGCCAUUAUGCGGCAGGCCUACAAUGCAUCUGAGCAGCUGAGGGCGCUCCUGCAGAGCGACGCCUUGGGCGGUUUGGCCAUGGGUAGUUUGGAGGAUGAGGAAGGGACUGCCGCCAUAGCUCUUGAGCAGCACCGGAACUACAGCGCGAUUCGAGACUGGAAUUCCAAGGAGUGGUGCUGGGGGGCCGUGCUCCUUUCACUGGUCACUGCCUUGCCGCACUUGGCGGUGCACCAAGAGAAGCGACACGUCUGGAUGGCAGAGGACACCAUUGGUGCGGUCUAUAGAGGCUCCAUCAACUGCUGCAAGAACAGCUAUGUCUUUCCUUCACCGAUCUUCGCCUUUCUGGACCAAGUAAAGGAAGGUGGAUGGAGACCAACGAGAUGUCGGCAACUCACCAACAUGCCACCGCUGCUGGCUCUGCUGAAGCCUUUUGCCAACGGCGAGAUUCGGAUGGAUGAGCAGGAUGGGAGCUGCGUGAUCAUUGGCAACUGGAUUCCCCUUGGACCUGUGCACGUAGACACGGUGAACUUGCUCCUGGUCCUGCGGCGUCGAUUGGAGGACACCCUGUGCGAGUAUGCCGACGGGAUUGCAGAAGGUGCGUUCCAAAGAGACAACGAGCUCACACAGCUUUUGCAGGACCUCCUUGGCGGUGCGUCCCUGCGUUUCCGCGAGCCACCGGUUGCUGCCCCACCAACUGUGGCCCCACCAACUGUGGCCCCACGGGGCACGGUGGUCGCACCGCGGGGCACCGUGGCGGCAGUGAAGCCAGCGUUCCAGUUGACGGUGACCAUGACGGGUGGAUCCGUUCCGGUCGAGCCUAACCGCCCGCCCAAAGCUGUGAAGAACAAAGGUAUCGAUUGGUGGAGCUGAUCCAUGAAACAGAUCCGCGACUGUCCCUCGUGCAUCAUUUUCUACGCCUCGCGUGCGUCGCGAGUGCAGGGUACGAGCGCAGUUAACGUGUGUACAUAUGGCUGGUCAAAUCGCCUCACAAACUUUGAGAAUGAAACUGAAACAUGUUUUUUCUUUUUUUGCCACUUAACCAUGGUGUUGUUAGAGGAUGCUUGGUGGAUUGACAAUUUGACGAGGCAGGGAUAAGAAAA